AUGGAAGAACCAGUGCCGCCUCUCUCGCCAGAGAAAUACAACACCCACUCCGACUCGAUCGUCAUUGACGACGACAUCGACAUGGCUUUCCACGACACGCCUUCCUCACCCUUUGUCGCGCACAUUGGCAUUGACGACCGGGAAAACGUUGCACCAGAUGCUGUGCAAACGCCUAUCAAGUCGCUGGUCGACCUGGAUGCCAACGUGCCCCAAUCCGCAUUCAAGGUCUCACCAGACAAGAAAUCUGUCCUCAAAGAGCGAACAAGUCCCAUGAAGACAUCGCCUGUCAAAAACCUGAUGGACGACUUUGAAGACGCAGGGCUCAAGAGCAGCACCGCAAGUCCCAAGGCCAAUGUUUCUCCCGUCCGCGAAGCUGCUACAGAAUGGUCUGGAUCGCCGCUGAGCAGCGUCUCUCGCAAAAGCCGAUCGCCCUCCAAAUCGGUGCACGCAUCAUCGCCCGAAACAACCCAGCGUAAGCUAUCAUUGGCAGAUCAAGUCCCCGAGAUAUCGGUUACUCCCUCGAAACGACCGGCUUCUUCUCCCCUCAAGGCACGUGUGUUGCGUGAUAAUGAGGGUUUGACCGCAGCUAUGAACUUCAUAGAGACACACAAGGAAAACACAGGGAGCGUUAAGAGGCAAAGUUACCACCAUGCUGAAAUUGAACUCGAUUCAGUCUUGGACAACACAGAUAUGCACCCGGAUGGCCUAGAAGCCACCUCACUGGAUAUCGAUGACACCUGCUUCAGCACCUUCUCCGAGAUGCCGGGAAUAGACAUGACCAAAUUUGCGGCUCUCAGAAAGAGCCCGGUGAAGGAUGACGCGCUAGAUGCUACACCACGCCCUCGCGCCCAGAUGACACCUUCAACCGUUCGUCGUAGCGAUAAAACCCCUAGCCCCACACCCCGUUGUACAUACAAAGACAAUGACACCACGAACUUGCUUUUGGAUUUUACUGCUCAAAUUGAGUCUUUUUCGUCAUCGCGUAACAGCUCCUCUGGUCGCGGACAGACAUCACCCAGCAAGUCCAGCAAAGAGCCAACGCUACGGUCCUAUUAUCAGAGUCAACGAUCGCCUGCCAAGGGUGGAUCAAAUGUGCCUGCUACACCAAACCAAAGCCGCCAAAUGCUCAAUCUCUUGGACUUUGAGCUUCCUCCACCACCGACGCCCCGAUCCCUUCCAACAGUUACCAUUAGAGAGCUAGAGUCUGUCAAGUCUCAAUUCCAGUCUCAGAUAUCUUCUCUCACUGCUAGCUUGUCAGGAAAAGAGGCCGAGAUCGAGGCACUCUCUAGGGCUAUCUCAGAUGCUGAGCGACGUGUGGGUGAAGCCCAAGAAACUGUACGCGAGGAGCGCUCUGCCCGCGAGUAUGCGGAGACACAGAUGGUGGACUGGAAAUCAAAAGGCGAAGAGGUUCAGAGGCUAUUACAGGACGUUCAAUCUGAGAUGGCUCGCAACGAUGCCGAACGCGAAGAGCUGUUUGCCAGAUUGGCCGAAGCUGAGAAACGUGCUGAAGAAGCUGAAAGCCGAUCGGCUGAACUGGAGACCAAGGUCAUUGAAGCUGAAAGCAAAAAUGUCGACAUGACUACGUUUAUCAGCAAUGAUGAGGCAGGUGACAAGAAGAUUUACUCUGAACUCGAAUGCCAGGCCGCCAUUGCCGACAAGGUCAACGAGGUUGCACGUGAUCUCCACACAGCUUACAAGGCCAAGCACGAGAAGAAGAUCAAGGCGCUCAAGGACAACUAUCAGAGAAAGGCCGAUGAGCGGUGCAAAGAGCUCAAGCUGCAGAUAGUCGGUCUUGAACGACAGGUUGAAGAGGCUGAGAAGAAGCGCGGCGACACUUUGAGCAAGACUGCUUCUGGUCAAAAAGACGGCGAUGAGAACCAAGGGGCGUCACCCUCGAGGCCCACACGGAAUGCAGAGGAUGCUCAGAUGCUGGAGGCGCAAAGAGCCGAGAUUGAGAAUCUCAAGGCCAAACUUGCAGGUCUGCAGUCUGAGCUCAAGUCACUCCGCAAGUCACACGACGCUCUUGUAGAAGAUCUGGAGGCGGAGCGGAUCGAAAAGGGUGAAUUGGUAGCGGCAGCUGAGCAAAUGUUGUCCAUGUGCGGCGAAAAGAUGGAGGAAAUGCAGCAAGAAGACUUGCGUCGGUCGCAGAUGAAGCCAGAGUCACGAACUGCAUCUCAACAACCAGCACAGGCAGCGCCUCAGCAGGCAGCUAGCAGUUAUCAGCAAGCGGCGCCUCAGCAACAGGCUAUGCGCAACACGGGGUUCCUCGCUGGCGGCCCAGCACGACCAGGGUCUGCUCUUGGAGGCGGACGUCCUGCAAGCGGAACGGGUGCCAUGCAUGAGCGUAGUGGAAGCAACAGCAGCAGCAGCAACGUAGGCAAGCCAUCUGGGCUACGGGCACCUGGUGGGCUCAAGUACCAGAGCACACCUGGGUUAAGCCGCAGCGGUAGUGGGGGCAAGAGCCGGUUGAUGUCGAACAUUGAGCGUAUGGGAGGUGGAAAGGAGUAG